UACCCCAAAGAUUUGCCUUUGUGGAUGUGACCAAAGGAUGUAAGGCUGGUAAAAAAUGCAUCCUUCACUGAGCUUAUGACCUUUUCCGCUUUUUUGUUACAUUCUCAAGAUGAAGCACCCGAUGGUUACAGCAGUGCUGGUAGUACUGGUGCAGGUUUCUCAGAGUUUCCCUGCCUUGUACCACCGAGGUUGGUGGAGGCUGUUAAAAGAAGGAGAUAGUUGUGGAAAAUGCGAUUUGGCACUUUGCUCUGUGCCUAAAGACUGUCCAGCUGGGACUGUAUUGGACCGUUGUGGCUGCUGUCCUGAAUGUGGAAAUGUGGAAGGUCAGAUCUGCGACUUGGACCAGAGCAAUUAUUUCUAUGGGCAAUGUGGGGACAACCUUGAGUGCAGGUUGGAUGCUGAUGAAGCAAGGUUUGGGGAAGUCCCUGAACCCCAAUGUGUGUGCAAGACUCAAGAGAGCAUCUGUGGACCUGAAGGGAAAACCUAUGAGAACAUCUGUCAAUUCAACAAGGCUUAUGCUACAAAAAGAAAUAUCAGCAUGAAACAUAAAGGACCAUGUGAAUCAGCUCCUAUUAUUUCUGUGCCACCUCAGGAUGUCCAGAACUUCACAGGCAAUGAUGUCAUUUUUGGCUGUGAGGUGUCUGCCUAUCCUAUGCCACACCUUGAAUGGAAAAAAAAGGGGAAUAAAAUGUUUCUGCCAGGAGAUGAUGCUCACAUCUCAGUGCAGGCAAGAGGUGGGCCUCAGAAGUACGGCGUGACAGGCUGGCUGCAGAUUCAAGGCCUCAAAAAAUCAGAUGAAGGCGUUUACAUCUGCCACACCAAAAAUAAGUAUGGUGCAACAUAUGCCUCUGCAAGAUUGAAAGUCAUUGAUGGCUCAUCUCCUGCAUUUGCAUUUACUGCUGGCAGUAGAAGUGCAAGCUACAGCAUUGAAUAUGAGGACUAUUAUGACCAUUCUGAUGAUGAAGAUGAGGAAGAAUAUGAAUCCGGGGACUAUGAAAAUUGAAACAAUUCUGACUAAUAAUUUUUAUGUAUCUGUUGUCCAAUACCUUCCACACUCUGUUAUAUUUACUAGUAGUCUGUGCUGUAAACGGCUCCUUUGAUAACACACAUAUUCACUUGUGUAUCCAUCUUCCUGAAAUUCAACUUUGGCUGAAGUGUAUCAUGCUACUUACCAGAAAUAAGAACAGUUGUAAAUCCAUACAUUUAGUCUGUUAAUUAAAAUUCUUA